CCUCCUCCUCCUCCCGCCGCCGGCCGGACGCACAGGGGUGCAUGGCAGGAGCGGCGGAGCCGCGGCGGCCCCGGGCAGCGGCAGCAACAGCAGCAGCCGAGCCGCGCUCUGCUCCGCGGCAGCGCCCGAAGCAACUUUCUCGCUCCGCGGGGUGCGGGAGCGAGGCGAUGUGACCGCGCAACCGCCGCCCCGCAGCCGUCCCGGCGGCGGAGCCUCCCCGGCGGAGCAGCGCGGAGCGGAGCGGAGCAGCGCGGAGCGGCGCGGAACCUCCGCGGCGGAGCAGCGCGGAACCGAGCGGAACCUCCGCGGCGGAGCGGAGCCCCCCCCCUCCGCCUCCGUCCCCGGCGGCGCCCGCAGCCCGGGGCGGGAGCGCGGAUGCGGCGCGGAGCCCGGCGGCCCGGCGGAGCCCAGCGCGGGGCCGGGGCCGGGCCCUGCCGGGGCGGGGGGCGCGGGGCGCGGGGGGAUGCUGAGCCCCGCCGCCCGGCACCGCGCCCGCCGCCGGGAGAUGCUCCUCGUGGUCGCCCUGUGGCUGGCGUGGCAAGAAGCGCCCGCGGCGCCGACCCCCGCGGCGGACGACAUCACCCGGGGAGUUGACUGGCUGACGAGGUUUGGGUACCUGCCUCCCCCAGAUCCCAUCACAGGACAACUGCAGACGCAGGAGGAGCUCACCAAGGCCAUCACCGCCAUGCAGCGCUUCGGGGGGCUCGAGGCCACGGGGGUCCUAGACGAAGCCACGCUGGAGCUGAUGAAGACCCCUCGCUGCUCUCUGCCCGACCUCGGCGCCGCAGACGCCAGGAGGAAGCGAUUCGCUCAGGCUGUCACCAAGUGGAGCAAAAGGAACUUAUCUUGGAGAGUUCGCACCUUCCCAAAAGAGUCCCACCUGGGCCAUGACACAGUCCGAGCCCUGAUGUACUAUGCCCUGAAGGUCUGGAGCGACAUCACCCCACUUAAUUUCCACGAAGUGGCGGGUAACAACGCAGACAUCCAGAUAGACUUCUCCAAGGCGGAUCACAAUGACGGCUAUCCCUUCGAUGGGCCUGGUGGGACAGUGGCACACGCUUUCUUCCCCGGAGACCAUCACACAGCAGGAGACACUCAUUUUGAUGACGAUGAAUAUUGGACCUUUCGAUCGUCAGACGCUCAUGGAAUGGACCUAUUUGCUGUAGCCGUGCAUGAGUUUGGCCACGCCAUUGGCUUGACCCACAUUUCUGCCAUAGAGUCUAUCAUGAGACCCUACUACCAAGGUCCAGUGGGGGAUCCUCUCAAGUAUGACCUACCUUACGAGGAUAAAGUCCGAAUCUGGCAGCUGUACGGAGUCAGGGAAUCCGUCUCCCCCACAGCCAAGCCUGAAGUCAGCAAAGCUGACGACCACCCCGUCCUGCCGGACCUGCCCGAGAACCGCUCCACUGUCCCGCUCAGGCGGGACGUGCCCAACAGAUGCAACACGCACUUCGACGCGGUGGCCCAGAUCCGGGGAGAGGCUUUUUUCUUCAAGGGCAAGUACUUCUGGAGACUGACUCGCAAUAAGCACUUGGUCUCCCUCCAGCCGGCUCAGAUCCACCGUUUCUGGCGGGGUUUGCCGCUCAACCUGGACAGCCUGGACGCGGUCUACGAGAGAACCAGCGACCACAAGAUCGUCUUCUUCAAAGGAGACAGAUACUGGGUCUUCAAGGACAAUAACGUGGAGGAAGGAUACCCACGGCCCCUCUCAGACUUCGGUCUGCCGCCGGGAGGAAUCGACGCCGCUUUCUCUUGGGCCCACAAUGACAAGACUUAUUUCUUUAAGGACAAUCUCCACUGGCGCUACGACGACCACGAGCGGAGGAUGGAUCCCGGGUACCCCUCAGAGACCAUCCCAUGGAAGGGAAUACCAAGCCCUUUAGAUGAUGCCAUGAGGUGGUCAGAUGGUGCAAGUUACUUCUUCAGGGGCAAGGAGUACUGGAAGGUGCUGGACAGUGAGCUGGAGGCGCAGGCCGGCUACCCGCAGUCCAUCGCCAGGGACUGGCUGGUGUGCAGCGACAUGCAGGCCGACUCGCCCGCCGCGGCCGGGAGCAGCAGGACCGGGGCGCGCUCCAAACCGGGCCAGCACGACCACAGCCGCUCCGAGAAUGGCUACGAGGUGUGUUCCUGCACCUCGGGCUCCCCGGGGCUCAGACCACCGGCCAGCCUGGUGCUGGCGAGCGUGUGGACAGCGCUGGUGAGCACAGCGCGGUGACAGCCCAGCCCGCGCCACACCGCCCGCGGUGACAGCCCAGCCGCGGUGACAGCCCAGCCACGGUGACAGCCCAGCCCGCGCCACACCGCCCGCGGGGCUCCCGGGAGGGCAGGCGGAUGCGAUCCUGCCACGCUCACUGCUGCGAACAGAAAAACAUUCCUAGGAACACGCCAA